GCUUUCGGACCGAACUCGGCGGGAAGCAAGGUUUGAUGGCUCCCCGCCCCUCUCGCGUCUUGGGCGAAGGCUGCCUCGCACCGUAAGAGCCCGCAUCACGCCCCCAUCCGUGUACGGCAGCACGACCCAAACUCUCCAUGCAACCACCACCACCGCUCGAGCUCCUCUACAACAUCUGCGCCCCCGUCAUCGCAGACUACAUCGAUGAGCUGCUAGCCGGGCGGCUCAAGUACGGCGCGCCGCCACCGAGCGAAGACAGGCGUGAGACCCUCCCAGCAGGGGGAUACGAAGACCCCGCGUCUGCCGCGCCCAACCCCGUGCUGCCGCUACUGCAGGCGUCCGUGCGCGUGCGGCAUGCCGCGCUAAUGGUGCUCUCAGAUGCGCUCGGGAUCGCGCUCGACAAGACGGGCAUCGGCCGGUGAGUCCGCCUCCAUUGCGUGGUGUCUUUUUCUUGUUUUCCCCGGCGCGCGGUGCUCACGCGUCUCUUCCCGCCCGCAGCCUCGCCGCGAAGCCGUGGACACGCAUCCAGCCGGUGCGGCUGCGUCUGUGGGCGGCGCGGCACACGCCGUUCACGCGCCACACGCCGCUCGCGGUGUGCCCGCCGCUGUGCUCCGCUGCGCCGUUUCUGCAGACAUACGAGCGCGUCGCGUUCGCGAUCGAGGGCUUCCGGCACCUGCUCGCACACCUCGCGGGCGAGAUCCCCGGCGUGACGGACGGUGCGCUGAGCCCGAUGGAGCGCCGCAAGGCGAUCGAGGCGUACCUCGCCGCGUUCCCGUUCAUGCAGAUGAUGCACCACAUGUGCCGCUACAAGCCGGUCGUCCGGGAAGAGGUGUUCAGAGAGCUGGCAUAUGGACGGUUAUUUGUGACUGUGUUGCUUGCGGGGUAUGGUGCGUUAC